GCUGGCCGCUCUACUGCAAGUGGAGCUGUGAGGGCGACUACAUUAGGGAAAACAUUGUAAGGGGGAAAAGUGCUGAUCGGGCAAUCAAAGCGGAUUCUUGUGUGACACGAAAGUAAAAGAGACACUACAGGUCGUGGCGCUUGAGAGGACAAGUCUUAGACUGUGUGGCGACCCCCUAGCAACGAGAGCGAUAAGAGAGUCUACUCCGGGAUAAGCAAAAUCUUCACAUUUGGAAGGUCUCCGAUUGGCUGCUCUUAAUGAAACAAACUCUGAUGUUAGCCAAGUAUAACUUCUUUGGAUCUUCUACUACCUCUGAUUGUGAUGUGAAGGAUCAUAGACAGCAUUCGCAGCACCAUGGAUAGAAUGCUGUCUUGAAAUUGACGCCUACAAGUAAAUAUCUCCCUGAAGGAAGAAAGAAGCAGAUCAUCUUCACCUUUACGUUCCUAACUCCAAGAGGUGGGACCAUUUUGAAGUCGUAGAAGUGGGAAUCAUUCAUAGUAUAAAAUGGAGUUUUGAGGGGACUUGGCAGUGUUUACUUGUUUUCCUGGACCAAUUUUCAAUCUGGAUGAUCUUCCUUGGCAUUUAACUGCAUGUUUGGUGCCUGACCAGCUACUGUGGGAUUUAAUGUUAACUCUAGAUUGUUUCAACUGAAAAUGGAAACACUGGAGUCGGAGCUGACCUGCCCGAUCUGCUUGGAAUUGUUUGAAGACCCUCUCCUUCUGCCCUGUGCCCACAGCCUGUGUUUCAAUUGUGCACAUCGAAUUCUUGUGUCUCACUGUUCUACCAACGAGCCAGUUGAGUCAAUCUCUGCCUUCCAGUGUCCCACCUGCCGUUACGUCAUUUCCCUCAACCAUCGCGGGCUGGAGGGGCUUAAACGAAAUGUGACCUUGCAGAACAUUAUUGACCGCUUUCAGAAGGCCUCUCUUAGCGGACCAAAUUCGCCAAGCGAAAGCCGGCGUGAGCGAUCCUUCAGUAGUCGAAGCAGCCCCGCCACCGCCAUGUCACUAGAUCGUGUCAGCUGUCAGUUUUGUGAGCAGGAUCCUCCCCGUGAAGCUGUGAAGACUUGCGUAACCUGUGAGGUGUCCUACUGUGACCGGUGCCUUCGUGCCACCCACCCUAAUAAGAAACCAUUUACCAGCCAUCGACUGGUUGAGCCUGUGCCAGAUGCCCACUUGCGGGGACUCACGUGCUUGGAGCAUGAAAAUGAGAAAGUCAAUAUGUACUGCAUUGUGGAUGAUCAGCUAAUUUGUGCCUUGUGCAAGCUAGUGGGUCGCCAUCGAGAUCACCAGGUUUCUUCACUCAGUGAACGCUUUGACAGGCUCAAGCAAACCCUAGAGAACAACUUGACGAACCUGGUGAAACGCAAUGGUGAAUUAGAAAACCAGAUGGGAAAGUUGAUCCAGAUCUGUCAGCAAGUGGAGGUAAACACAGCCAUGCAUGAAGCCAAAUUAAUGGAAGAGUGUGAUGAGCUGGUGGAAAUCAUUCGGCAAAGGAAGCAAGUAAUUGCUGUUAAAAUUAAGGAAUCUAAGGUGAUGAAACUUCGCAAACUGGCUCAGCAGAUAGCAAACUGUCGCCAGUGUUUGGAGCGCUCAAGCGCACUUAUCACCCAGGCAGAACAGAGCCUGAAGGAGAAUGAUCAUGCUCGCUUCCUGCAGACUGCCAAGAACGUGGCUGAGAGGGUUGCUAUGGCAACAGCAUCCUCCCAAGUCCUGAUCCCCGAUGUUAACCUGAAUGAUGCCUUUGACAAUUUUGCCCUUGACUUUUCAAGAGAAAAGAAACUUCUUGAAAGUUUGGAUUAUCUGACAGCUCCUAAUCCACCGGCGAUUAGAGAGGAGCUCUGUACAGCAUCACAUGACACAAUAACAGUGCAUUGGACUUCUGAAGAUGAAUUUAGUGUCAGUUCGUAUGAGCUUCAAUACACUAUAUACACUGGCCAGGCCAACUUCAUCAGUUUGUACAAUUCAGUGGACAGCUGGAUGAUCGUUCCCAACAUAAAGCAAAACCACUACACCGUGCAUGGACUGCAGAGCGGUACCCGAUACGUCUUCUUUGUCAAGGCUAUCAACCAGGCUGGGAGCCGGAACAGUGAGCCCGCCAAACUCAAGACAAACAGCCAGCCAUUUAAACUUGAUCCCAAAACAGCCCACAAGAAACUACGUCUGUCCAAUGACUGCUUAACAAUGGAGAAGGACGAAAGUUCUUUGAAAAAAAGUCACACGCCGGAGAGGUUUAGCAGUACUGGGUCCUACGGAGCAGCAGGGAAUGUAUUUAUUGACAGUGGCUGCCAUUAUUGGGAAGUCUUGCUGGGAGCCUCCACAUGGUAUGCCGUUGGUGUCGGUUACAAGUCCGCCCCAAAAAAUGAAUGGAGUGGAAAGAACUCAUCGUCAUGGGUGUUCUCACGCUGCAAUAACAACUUCAUUGUGAGACACAACAGCAAGGAGAUGCUAGUGGAUGCAAGUUUGCAACUGAAAAGGCUGGGCGUCCUGUUGGACUACGAUAACAAUACUCUUUCCUUUUAUGAUGCUAUGAACUCACAGCAUCUCCACACCUUUGAUAUUUCCUUCAUUCUCCCGGUGGUUCCCACAUUCAUGAUUUGGAAUAAGUCAGUGAUGAUCCUGACAGGACUUCCUGUCCCUGACUUUGUAGACUGCACCGAGCAGCAGGAAUGCAUCUGUAGGUCUCAGGAAUCCCCUUACGUUUCAGGAAUGAAAGCUUGUCAAUGAACGGCGGCACAACUGAAAUAUUUCUGACUUCACAUUUUAAAUGAUGUUGCUUCAUCUGGGGAGUUUGACUCUUUUCAGUUGUUUUUACUUUUUUCCCAGAGAGCAUAUUGAACUGAUUUUUUUCUUCAAAGGCAAGAAUAUUUUAUUGUGUACAGUUACAGUAAAUAGUGCAAAUGUUGACUAACAUAGUGUGACUACUACUCUUCUAAAAAAGAAAAUGAAAAACAGAAAACUGUAAAAGAAACUGGUAAUUUAUGAAUAUAAUUUGGAUUGGUUAUUGAUGGGUUUAUUUGUAUUCAAAAUGCACUUUUGAAGUUUUUUUUUUCCUUAUAAACAAUAGGAGAAAUGUAUUUUUUUUUAUUAUCCUUUCCUCAGACACAGAUAUGGUUUGUUUUCGCAAGAUUGAUAAAAUUAGUUUAGCUAGAUGAAUGGUGGGGGGUGCAGGGUUCAGAACAACCAAAAAAAUGAAACUCUUUAAGUCAGGCCAACCCAGAAUGUUGUACUUUUUAAAUUCAUUUAUAUUUUAAAAGACUACAUGGCUUAGGUAGAAUUUGAUGUACUCAAGCCAUACUGCUAACAUGGGUUUGUUUGCAGGG